AUGGCUAUAUUAGGGCAGUAUCAUGUGCUAGGAAAAUACAAAAAGAGGCUACCAGGGGAGCUGAUACUGAUUCAUGGGGAGUGUUUCACUUGUCUCGGCAGCCCUAAGAAGGCUAGAAGGCAAGGUGGCAUUAAUCACUGGAGGGUCUAGUGGCAUAGGAGAGUCCGCUGCUAGACUGUUCGCCAAACAUGGAGCCAAAGUGGUGAUUGCAGACGUUCAAGAUGAACUAGGCCACUCUGUUUGCGAAGAAUUGAAGAAUGAAUCAGCUUCAUUCGUCCACUGUGAUGUUACUCAAGAGAAAGAUGUUGAAAAUGCUGUUAACACAGCUGUUUCUAAGCAUGGAAAGCUGGACAUCAUGUUCAAUAAUGCAGGAGUAGUAGGCUCGCCAAAACCAAACAUACUUGACAACGACAAGGCUGAAUUUGAGAAGGUCAUUAGUGUUAACAUAGUGGGCGCUUUCUUAGGCACUAAGCACGCAGCCCGCGUAAUGAUCCCUGCUCGGCGAGGUAGCAUAAUCUCAACCGCUAGCGUUUGCGGAACAAUUGGAGGUGUUGCAUCCCAUGCCUACACAAGUUCAAAGCAUGGUGUGAUAGGGUUAAUGAGGAACACAGCUGUGGAGUUAGGGCAGCAUGGCAUCCGGGUAAAUUGCGUGUCGCCCUAUCUUGUUUCGACCCCAUUGGCGAAGGAUUUCUUUAAGCUGGAUGAUAAUAAAGUAAAUCGUGUUUACUCUAAUCUGAAAGAAGCAGUUCUGAAAGCAGAAGACGUUGCUGAGGCUGCUCUUUUUCUGGGGAGUGAUGAGUCCAAGUAUGUUAGUGGACAUAAUCUGAUUGUAGACGGGGGCUUCACCAUUGUUAAUCCAGGUUUUUGUAUGUUUCCACAAUCUAUUUGAAUCUGGAUUUAUGAUGAAAUUAAUGAUGAAGCCAUAAAUUUAAGCAAUAAGACAAGUCUUCUUUAAUUUGAUGAUUA